AGGGCCCCGUCCAGCGCCCAGCCCCGUUCCCGGGGUUGGCGGCAGGGCCGACGAGCCGGGCGGAUGCGCGGGAGCAAUGGGCGGCGGUGCUCGCUGGCAGGUGUCCGCCCCCGAGGGCGUGGCGGUUCGUCAGAACCAGCUGCCGGGUCCCGCCCAGACGUCCGAGCGUCUCCCCAGCGGUGCCAUCGUGGAAGAGCUGCAGCUGUCCGGCGGCAGCCUGCGCUUCGCACUUCUGACCGACACGGGCCCACCCUCGGGCUGGGUGACAGUCGCGGAAGCGGGGCGUCAGCUGUUGGUGCGCCGCCUGGGCACUCCCGAGGCGCGGUAUCACAGGGCCAGCGCCGACGAGAGGGCGCGGAGGAGGAGGGAGCGCGAGGAGGAGGAGCAGGCGGCGGCGGCGGCCCGCCCGUUGGAGCAGCUGCCUCGAGCGGCUCCCCUGGCGGAGAGGGCCUCCGGCGAGGGAGGCGCUGCGGAGGCGGCGGCGCCCCAGGUCUGCUGCUUUCCGCUGUCGAGGCAGCUGCAGGAGGCCACCUGGCCGCCCGGCGACGCGCCAGCAUGGGGCCCUCGGGCCCACCCGGCGGCGCCAGACCGGGGCUUCUUCAGGCGCCGUAGGGCGGCUCCCCCAGCGGAGCAAAAGGAGUACUUCAGGUCUCUCCACCGAGGGGCGCCCUCCAGCAGCAGCUCGACCGACCCCGGGGUCGUGCGGGAGGCGGCGCCGGUGCCCGUGGAGGUGGGGCUGCUGUCUUCCACCGUCUGUUCGCGAGGCAUCCUCCAGCCCGACGACGUCGUCGGGUACCUGAACGGGGAGCUCGGGUCCAGAAUCUGUUUCCUCGACGGCGGAGUGCGGGCGAGGAUCGAGGCCGAGGGCCUCGACGAGGCGGCGUACCGCGGCGACCGCUUCCAGCACUUCCGGGCGAAGGACGCCGCCGGCAGGGCGGUGGAGCUCGCGGGGAACUACGGGCUGCUCGCGCUCACGCAGCCGGGGCUCGUGCAGGAGAUGCACAAGGAGUACUUCCUUGCUGGCGCGGACAUCUGCAGGACGAUCACCCUCGGCUGCACGCGCGAGGGCCAGGCUGGCUACAGGAUGCAGCACAUGGUGUAUGAGAUGAACCGCCGCGCCGCGGAGAUCGCCAAGAGAGCCGCUGCGGAGGCAACGCAGCUGCAGCCAGCGCGUCCGCGCCUCGUCGCGGGCACGUUGGGGCCCCUCGGCGGUGGGUGGACCGACAUGUAUAAGGCUUACGAGGAGGCCGUCCGGGGCCUCAUGGACGGGGGCGCCGACCUGCUCUUCGUAGACCAGGCUGCCAGCGCUCUCGGCGCCAAGGCCGCCGUCGCAGCCGCCGACGCAUGUGCCCUCAGGCUGAAGAGGCAGCGGCUCCCCGUGAUCGUCUGCGCCUCCACCGGGGACGGCGGGGCGCUGCCCUCGGGCGGCUCGCUCGCCGCCUUUGCUGUUGCGCUCAGGCACGCGCGGCCCCUGGCGCUCGGCGCGGCGGGUGCGCCGGGGCACCUCGAGGCGCUGCCGGACGUCGCGCGCGGCUGGUGCGCGGCGGUGUUGGGCAGCGCUGCCAUGGCUGCGGACGCCUCCGCGCUGGCGGCCAGAGGUCUGUUGAACUUUGUCGGCGGGGGCGCGGACACCUCGGCCGCAGAUCUCGCUGCGCUGGUGGGAGCGCUGCGCACCGCGCCGCCGCGGAAGCCGCAGGCCCCUGCCGAGUCCAGCCUGCAGCUGUCUGGCCUGACGGGGGGCCCGACGCCGUGCGACGCGGAUUUCCGAGUCAUCGGCCAGCAGUGUGCGUCUAUGGGCAGCGCCAAGUUCAAGGCGCUCGUCGACACCCUCAAGACCUCACUCUCUGGCGCCCUUUCGGGGGCCAGUUUCGGGUCUGCCGUCGACUUGUGCGCCCAGCAGGCGGACCGUGGUGCCGACAUCAUCGACGUCAACCUCGAUGCGGACGUCGAGGACCCGUCCCUUGCCGCCAAGGGUGCCCUGAUGGCCAAAUUUGUCUCCGCGUGCUCGAGCCACCCAAGUCUCCGCGGCUUGCCACUGUCGAUCACCUCCUCCAAUUUAGAGGUGAUCCUAGCGGGUCUGCAGAGCGCCCCCGGGAAGUGUAUCGCGAACGGGCUUUCCUUGCUGUCUGGAGAAGAGAAGUUCGUCUUGGCGGCCAGAGAGUGCCAGAGGCAUGGCGCGGCCGUUGUCGUCUUCUCGAUCGACGAGGGGGGUCUCCCGGAGAGCCGCGAAGGCAGGGUCCGCGCCUGCCAGCGCAGCUAUCAUCUCCUGCGCUCGAGGCUGGGGUUUCCCGCAGAGGACAUCAUCUUCGACUGCUGCCUGGGCGCCACCACCGCGCUGGAUAUCGGCAAGGCGUCGGCCGACUUCAUCAGCGCAGUGGGAGAGGUGAAGAGCACGUGCCCGGGCGUGUCGUGCGUUGCGGGCCUGGGCAACUUGUCGUUGCCGUUCCGUGGUCUCAGCAUGAUACGUGACGCGAUUCACGCCGUGUUUUUGCGGCAAGCUAUCCCCAGAGGGGUCAACCUGGCAUUCGCGGAGCCGGGAUGUCUGCCUCGGUGCGCAGACAUCGACCCAGAGGUGCGAACGCUCUGCGAGGAGGUGGUGCUCAACAGAUCCGCCGACGGCAAGCACGCGGAGCGCCUGCUGGCCUACGUCAACGUCCACAGCGGCACCACGGUGCGCCUGGCCCUGACGAGCAGCUCUCCGCCGGCCUCCGCGGGACUUCUGCCGCGGGCCCCGAGCCAGCCCGCGGCGGCGCUCCUGGCGCGGCGGGGGCGCUCCACGCCUGCCGAGCAGAAGGCGCACCUGCUCUCCUUGUGCCCGCAAGCUGCCCGCUCCACUGGGCGGGUGGCGCGGGCGCCGCGGGGCAGCUGCUGGCUGGUGGGCCAGAGGUGCAACGCAGGUGGCUCGGCGACCCUCCGGGUGCUCGCGGAGGCGUGCCAGGCGACGAGUGGCGCGCGCAAGUGGGAGCCCGUGCUCGAGCUGUGCGCGCAGCAGCUCGAGAGGGGCGCCGACGCCCUCGACCUGAACUUCGACGGGUGCCCGCUGGAGGGGCCGGCCGCCAUGGGCGAGUUCGUCCGCCUGUGUGUCCAGGACCCGAGGCUAGCGAGCGCGCCCCUCGUGAUCAGCUCAGGCUCGUGGCCCGUCAUCGAGGAGGGGCUGAAGCACGCGCAGGGCAAGGGCAUCGCGAACGCGCUGUCGCUGGCUUCUGGGGAGCAGGAGUUCCUGCAGAUGGCGAGCACGUGCAAGAGGUACGGGGCCGCAGUCGUGGUCCUGCCGGUGGAGCGGCAGGAGCGCGCCGCGUCGCCCGAGGACAGGGUGCGCGCCUGCCGCAGGAGCUUCGCGCUCCUGCGGGAGCGCCUCGGCUUCCCCGCGGAGGACAUCAUCUUCGACUGCGGGCUGCUCCCCCUGAGGGACGCCGAGGACGCCUCGCAGAUCAGGGGCUGCCUCGACGCGAUGGAGGAGCUGAGGACCGCGUGCCCAGCCGUGUCCUUCGUGGCGGGCGUGGGCAACCUGUCCCUGCCCUUCCGCGGCGUGGGAAUGCUCCGGGACGCGCUGCACAGCGUCUUCCUGCACCACGCGGUGCCGCGCGGCCUCAACAUGGCGAUCGUCGACGCCGGUCGCCUGCCGCGCCACGGCGACAUCGAGGCCCCCACCCUGCAGCUGUGCGAGGAGGCGGUGCUCGGCCAGCGGGCGCCCGCCAGGCUCUUCGCCCUCGCGGAGUCCCUGGCCCCGCCGGCCCCGGAGCAGCAGCCCGCCGCGGGCACCGAAGCGGCCGCUCGGGCGGAGGAGCAGCACGGCGCCGAGGAGGGAGCCUGCGCCAGGCCCGCCCAGCCCUGCGGCAGGGUCGCGCGGCGCUUCCGCCCCGGGACGGCGGUCACCGACCUCGUCCAGGCCACGGGCACCCUCGACGGGUCCAUCUUCGGCCUCUUCGGCAGCAAGGCCCAUGCGGCCCUGAGGCUUCACAGCUACGCACAUGGCAGCCGCCUCAACCGCGUGGUCUACUUCUCCUCCAUCUCCGUGUGGAUGGGCCAGGGCGGGUCGGGGCCGACCGUGGGCGCGAGCGCGAUCCUGGACGGGCUCGCGCUCUGGCAGAGGCAGCAGCAGCUCGGCACCUCGGCCUCCACCGUGCUCUGGGGCGCCAUCGGCCAGAUCGGGCUCCGGCUCGCCGUCUACGGCGACAGGGACGUCAUGCCCCCGAGACGACAUCGGAGGGG